AUUUUUUGUUUUUUCCCCGUUUACAAUCAAAACUCUAAAGUUGGCGACUGAACAUUUACUGUUUAUGGUGUUCUAAAUUGGAUGUCAGGAAUCCUGAAAACGACCAAGUACCUAUCAUCACACGCAAGGAGAAUGCCAUGGAGUGAUGAUGCAUGGAGUCGAUUAAUCGAACACGUGUUAUCGCGGCAUAUGAAAACAUGAUAUCUGAUGAAUUACGUGCGUUAUUGAAUUCACGACCUCCUAAGGAUGUUUGUUGUCGUGCGAGAGCGCGCCGUGUAGCAAUACUUAAAUCAAGACGGAUAAAAGCGAGGACAAGACCACCAGAAACCGGGUUGGUGUUGCCGAUUUACGAAGAUGAUUACGUGCAUUUCCUCGCAACCGAUUCGGAUUCUGAUCAUGGUGAUAGGGAGGACCAAACAGACGACGAUAAUGCAAUGGAUUAUGAUUUUGUUGAACAUCUCGAUAACGCCGAUGAGUGUAUUAUGGAACAGGAAGGGUUUGGAUCCAUACCGAUCAUAAAUGUGAAACCUGGAUUAACAGAAAACGGUUAUUUUGAUGAUGGAGAUCCGUUUUAUACCUGUCAAAAUUGCGGUGCUUAUAUGUGGUUUGGCGAGCAUAUUAACAAACGUGGAGCUAAAAAUAGGCCUAUAUUUUCUACGUGUUGCAUGAAGGGUAAAGUGGAGCUGCCUAAACUAAAAAAUCCUCCACCGGUGCUUAUGUCGAUGUUGUAUGGCAAGGAUGAGAGAAGCAAAAAUUUCCGUGCUUUAAUUAGAGCAUACAAUAUGAUGUUCUCAUUCACGUCGCUUGGUGGUCAAAUUGAUAAUUCCGUGAACCAUGGGAAUGCACCGUAUGUGUUUCGCAUGCAGGGUCAAAAUUAUCAUCGCAUCGGUGAACUUUUGCCUGGCCCUUCCAAAAGUCCUGCUUUCUCGCAGCUCUAUAUUCAUGAUACCGUAAACGAAGUCUCGAAUAGGAUGGGUGUUAUGGGCGAGAAAGGACCGGGUAAGCAAAUAAAGAAGAGUAUCGUUAAGACUUUGAAGGAUAUGUUAGAUGCUAACAACCCACACGUCAUCGCGUUUAGAUCAGCUAGAGAUAGAUUAGCACAAUGUGAAGAUACCAGCGGCUUUAAGUUGAUUUUGAAAAAUCAUCGAGAUAGUGACGGUAGAGUCCAAAAUAUACCUACGACUGACGAGGUUGCUGGGCUUAUCGUGGGAGAUAUAAAUCCUAAACCGCGUGAUGUAGUGCUUCAGGCUAAUUCUGGAGGGUUUCAGCGUAUAAGUGAGCUGCACCCAUCCUACCUCCCUCUACAGUAUCCUUUGCUUUUUCCUUACGGCGAGGAUGGAUUUAGGUUAGGUAUCGACAUUGGAUUCAUCGAUAAAGGCGGUCUAAAAAGAACAAAGGUGACUUCGAUUUGGUCAAUCUCUAUAAAUUUUGACUUCGAUUUUAUUUUGCGAGAAAAUAAGGAUAAAAUUGUACAAAUUUGA